GCUCGAGGCUGACCAUCUCGGCUCGAGCAUUUUGUCAGAACAACCAAAGGCGAAGCUGAGCUCUCUCCUCCUUGGUCAUGAGCCUCGCAUUUGUCCAGCCUUUGCAUGGUGCAGCACCGCUACCCUUGCUGCGUGCACAGCAGACUCCGCCAAAGGCCCCACCAGCAGAUGGCAUGAAAUCCUCCAGCCUCAUCGUGGGCGGUGCCGCCUGUGCUGUGGCCGCUGGUCGCACCCGGCGGACGAAGGUCCUGGCGACGGAGUCACGAACCAGGACAGUGAAUCCUGCAACAAAUGAGCCAGAAGACCCCAAGGACUUUCCCAAACCCAGCUGCAUUAACGAAACAGACAACUACAAAGAAUCAGAAGCUUUGACGCAGAAGCUCAUGGCACUGAAGGGCAAGGGGGAAUCCAAGACGGUUGCCAUUAUUGGUGGUGGCCUCUCAGGCCUGGCAUGUGCCAAGUAUUUGGUGGAUGCAGGGCAUAAGCCUAUUGUUUUGGAAGCUCGCGACUGCCUGGGGGGCAAAGUCUCUGCCUGGAAAGACAAGGAUGGCGACUGGGUGGAGACCGGCUUGCAUAUAUUUUUCGGCGCCUAUCCCAACAUGAUGAACCUCUUCUCAGAGCUGGACAUCGAAGACCGUUUGCAGUGGAAACGCCAUCAGAUGAUCUUUGCGAUGCAGGAGUUGCCGGGUGAGUUUACCACCUUCGACUUCUUGGAGGGCAUUCCAGCACCUUUCAAUUUUGGACUGUCCAUCCUACUGAAUCAGAAGAUGCUUACACUCCCUGAAAAGCUCCAAACUGCUCCAGCGCUCCUGCCAAUGCUGGUGGAAGGGCAGAAGUUCAUCGAUUUGCAAGACGAGCUCUCAGUCUUGAAUUUUAUGGAGAAAUACGGCAUGCCUGACAGGAUCAACACGGAGGUCUUCAUUGCGAUGGCAAAGGCGUUGGAUUUUAUUGAUCCCGAGAAGCUCUCCAUGACCGUGGUCCUUACUGCUAUGAACCGAUUCCUGAAUGAGACCGAUGGCCUCCAAAUGGCCUUCAUCGAUGGAAAUCAGACAGUGCGUCUGUGUGAGCCAUUGAAGGAAUACAUUGAAUCAAGAGGUGGCCAAGUUCUUUGCGAGAAGCCCCUGGCCAGAAUUGAGACCAAUGAAGAUGGCUCUGUGAAGUGCUUUAAGCUGCGAAAUGGCCAGGAGGUUGUGGCAGACGAGUAUGUCUCCUCAGUACCUUGCGACAUCAUGAAACGCAUUUUGCCCCGAGCUUGGUCUACGGACCCAUUCUUCAGACAGAUUGACGAGCUGGAGGGCAUCCCUGUGAUUAACAUUCAUCUUUGGUUUGACAGAAAGCUCCUCAAUGUCAAUCAUUUGUGCUUCAGCAGGAGCCCUCUUCUUUCCGUUUAUGCUGAUAUGAGCACCUGCUGCAAAGAGUAUGAGGACCAGGACAAGUCCAUGCUAGAACUGGUUUUCGCCCCAUGCUCACCCAUUGCAGGGGGAGGUGUCAAUUGGAUGGGCAAGAGUGACGAGGAGAUUGUGGCGGCGACCAUGAAGGAGCUGGAAAGACUAUUUCCCACGGAGAUCGGGGAACACUUGCCAGAUGGUGGAGCGAAGCUGCUGAAGCACGCUGUGGUAAAGGUGCCCAGAAGUGUUUACGCAGCCAUUCCCGGCCGAAACAAGUUCCGCCCUUCGCAGGAGACUCCCAUCAAAAACUUCACACUCGCGGGUGAUUGGACCAGCCAGAAGUUCUUGGGGAGCAUGGAGGGUGCAAUUCUCGGUGGCAAGUUGGCAGCAGAAGUGGUCGCCUGCAAAGCGGCUGGUGAGCCGACCAAGGGCUUGAAGGAGGUUGACCCAUCCAUCCUUGCGAAGAAGGACACAUUUGUGGCAAAAGAUCCCAUGGGCGUCAAGGGAAAGACACCCAUCGCCUUUGGCGGUGGUGAAGUCCUGGGCAGUGGAUUCGAGAGAAAGCUGAGGGAUCAAGAAGCUGUUUUGCUCGAAGCGUGAGGCCGCUUUGAUGAGUUGCCGGCUUGAGUCCAGCACGGGAUGCUUUGCAGCUUGCAUUGGAAACUAACUUCUUGUCAAGGUUGAGCUCGCGCCUCCUUUUGACUCUUUGAGAGCCUUUGAUUAGAGAUUGUAACGAGCCCCAUGCGCACCACAUUGUUAAGCUUUAAAUGCUUCCUUGGCAGCAGGUGCCAGCAUGGAAUACUUUUUGUGUGCGUGUGGGAAAUCAGCAACCAUUAGCUUCCUCUAAAGUCCG